AUGAAUUACCCUUCCAGGUCAGACGAUAUAUCGGCUCAUCCUGAUUGGAAUCAGAACCCACAUCAUUUGAGCUCGGAUCUUACCACCAAGGUUGACCUCAAUGGCAUUGUCAAUCUGAGAGAACAACGAUCAGAUCGAUCAAGUCUUGGAAUCAAUCAUGAAGAAGAAGAAUGGGUGAACCCCGUCGACCAGGCAGAAGAUCAAUCAUCCGGAAAAGGAGUCAGUGGUGUCAAACUCGAUCCUAUGACAGCCUCUCCAGAUCAACGACCUUCACGAAAAUCCAUGAACUUACGAUCACCAAAGGCUUUUAUCUUCAAAGCACGCGACGUCCUAGUCAAGUACAGUGGAUUCAUUGGGCCUGGCUUCCUCAUCGCCGUUGCCUAUAUCGACCCGGGCAAUUAUGCCACUGACGUCGAAGCCGGUGCCGCCACACGCUAUAAACACCUGUUUAUUAUCUUGAUGUCCAACUUAUUUGCUAUUUUCUUGCAGUCCUUGUGCAUCAAAUUGGGCACCGUUACGGGGUUGAAUUUGGCUGAAAAUUGCCGAAAGCAUCUACCCAAAUGGCUUACCAUUACUUUGUACAUCUUUGCCGAAUCCGCCAUCAUUGCCACGGAUAUCGCAGAGGUUGUUGGUUCAGCAAUUGCAUUGAAUCUCUUGCUUCAUAUACCCCUCGUCGCUGGGUGUGCAAUCACUCUCGUCGAUGUCCUUGUUCUCUUACUCUUCUAUCGCCCUGAUGGCUCCAUGACCAAGUUGAGAUUGUUCGAAUACUUCGUUAUGGCCCUGGUGCUCGGCGUCGUGAUCUGCUUUUGCAUUCAACUAUCAUACAUUCAGGACGCCUCAGUCGGCGAAGUAUUCAAAGGUUAUCUUCCAUCCUCGGCCAUCAUCAAAGACAAUGGUAUUUACUUGUCUUGCGGUAUCAUUGGUGCAACCGUGAUGCCACAUUCGAUAUUCUUAGGGUCAGGGGUCGUUCAGCCAAGGUUGAAGCACUUUGAUGUCCAGAAUGGUCAUUUGGCCGUCGAUAAUUCUGAUGACGAAGAGGAAAAAUACAUACCAUCGAUCUAUGCCAUUCGAGCCUGCAUGAAAUAUUCCAUUGUGGAAUUGGGCACCUCAUUGUUUACCUUCGCACUAUUCGUCAACUCAGCCAUCUUGAUUGUUUCCGGAGCCUCUCUCUACCCCAAAACAGAGGCAACCGAGGCAGAUCUUUUCGGUAUUCACGAUCUACUCUCCCAAAAUCUCUCCAAAGCAGCUGGCACGGUUUUCGCCCUCGCUCUACUCCUUUCGGGUACUUCCGCCGGUAUAGUCUGCACAAUGGCAGGACAGAUGGUUUCAGAGGGAAUGCUUAAUUGGACCGUGAAGCCGUGGAUGAGGAGAUUGAUCACCCGCUCUAUCAGUAUUGUUCCCAGCAUCAUCAUAGCUGGGGCAGUCGGCAAAAACGGCUUGAACAGGACACUUACGGCAACUCAGGUCGUCUUGAGCGUCAUCCUUCCUUUCGUGACGGUACCACUUGUGUAUUUCACGUGCCGCAGCAGUAUCAUGACCGUUCGGGUUGAUUUUCAGGGGAGGCGAGGUGAAGGAGAAGCCGUCAACAUGCGUAAUGGUUGGCUCACAACGGCGCUGGCGGUAGCCAUCUGGCUUGUCCUGGUGGUGAUGAACGCGGCAUUGUUGGUGUUGGUUGGUCUAGGCAAAGUGUGA